GGCUUUAUUUAGAAAAUAUUUAUUAAAAGAUGUCGCUUUCAACAAGUUCUCUAGUCUUCUCACCUCUAACCCCAGCCUCUGUCGAGGAUGUACGGGCCCUGUGUGCUGACUGCUUUCCCCUCAAGUAUCCUGAUUCGUGGUUCAAAUUUGUCACUUCUGAUAAGGUGUAUUCAAUGGGUGCGUUCUCUGGAGAUGGUCGUUUGGUAGGGAUGGUGGUGGCCGAUGUACAGAGGUUGUCAGUGUUAGAGGGAGACAUUGGACCUGUACUGAACUCUGUGCAAACUGACACCACAUCCAUGUACAUUCUCAGUCUAGGAGUUCUGACAGAGUAUAGACAUCUUGGUAUCGGGUCGUACCUAGUCAACUCAGUGCUCACUCAUGUCUCAGAGCUCAAGAGCUGCUUCCUAGUGUACCUCCAUGUACUGGCCACUAACACACAGGCCAUUGAGUUCUACAGAAGGCUUGGAUUCAAAGAGGUGUGCAGUAUCUCUGACUACUAUCACAUACAAAACAGACCGGCAGCUGGCCUUGUGUAUUGUUACUAUAGCAAUGGAGGACAACCAUUUCAGAACAAUGUGUGUUCAUACACCAGACGUUAUGUACUAGAAAGUGUCAUGUGCAGAUGGACCACGUCAUUAUGUGGUCAGUUGUAUAGUUUUCUAAAUAUGCUUUUCAGAAAACGUUCAAGUUUUUAAACACUCAAUUUGUCAAGCUCUCAUCAACACACAUAUCACAUGUAUAAUUAUUCUACUGAGAAUAAAAAUUUGUUCGCUGAAGUAAACUA